AGCUCCCGCCCUGGCUGGGCUGGGCUGGGCUGGGCUGGGCUGGCAGCCUGACGACACUCAGGCAGGGGCAGCACCGAGAAAACCUGACCAGAGGCCCGGCCGCGCCGGAGCUGGUGGGAGCCAGACCAAAAGCUCCCUCGGCUGCCCCUUCCCUGGGCCAGGUCAUGCGCUGCCCCAAGUGUCUGCUCUGCCUGUCAGCAUUGCUCACGCUCCUGGGCCUCAAAGUGUACAUCGAGUGGACCUCCGAAUCCCGGCUUAGCAAGGCCUACCCAGGACCCCGGGGUACACUGUCAGGCCCCACAUCAGCCAGCACUGAGCCCACCCUGCCUGCCAACCUCUCAGCCCGCCUGGGCCAGACUGGCCCACUGCCUUCAGCUUAUUGGAACCAGCAGCAGUGGCGGCUGAGAGCCCUGCCCAGUGAGAACAGUGCUGAGGCAGGGGGCUGCCAGGCUUGGGGAGCUGCUGCUGCUGCUGAGAUCCCAGACUUCACCUCCUACCCUGAGGACCUCCGUCGCUUCUUGCUGUCAGCAGCCUGCCGGAGCUUCCCACAGUGGCUGCCUGAAGGCAGCCAAGUAGCCAGCUGCUCAGACACUAACGUCCCCUUCCUGCUGUUGGCUGUCAAGUCGGAACCAGGACGCUUUGCAGAACGACAGGCCGUGAGGGAGACGUGGGGCCGUCCAGCUCCUGGGAUUCGGAGGCUUUUCCUGCUGGGGUCCCCAGUGGGUGAGGGGGGGCCCGACCUGCGCUCACUGGUGGCCUGGGAGAGCCGUCGCUACAAUGACCUGCUGCUCUGGGAUUUCCUUGACGUCCCCUACAACCGGACGCUCAAAGACCUGCUGUUGCUGGCCUGGCUGGGCCACCACUGUCCGGAGGUGAAUUUUGUCCUGCAAGCUCAGGACGAUGCUUUUGUACACAUGCCCGCCCUGCUGGAUCACCUGCAGGCCCUACCGCCCACCUGGGCCCGAAGUCUCUACCUGGGUGAGGUCUUCACCCAGGCCAAGCCCCUCAGGAAGCCUGGGGGACCCUUCUAUGUGCCCGGGUCCUUCUUUGAAGGUGGUUACCCAGCCUAUGCGAGCGGGGGUGGCUACGUCAUCGCGGGGCGCCUGGCUCCUUGGCUGCUGCAGGCGGCAGCCCGCGUGGCACCCUUCCCGUUCGAUGAUGUCUACACAGGCCUUUGCUUCCGAGCCCUGGGUCUAGUGCCACGGACACACCCAGGCUUCCUCACAGCCUGGCCGGCAGACCGCACCACAGACCCCUGUACACUCCGAGACCUGCUGCUGGUGCGGCCCCUCAGCCCCCAGGACAGCAUUCGGCUCUGGAGACAGCUGCAGGAGCUGCAGCCGCAGUGCUGAGCCUCUUGAGGAGAAGGGGCUAACCUGGUCUGCCCCCGCCCCCAGGCCUUGGUGUGAGGGUGCAGGUCCUGGAUCUUGGACUGCUUGAGCCACUCCUGGGCACUCUCUGUCCAGGGGACUGGACAGAAAGGAUGAGGCAACAGCUUGUUUUUGUCUACCUUUUGUUUUUGAAAAAUAUGUACUCCCCACUCUGAGGCCUCAAAUGGUUUUUGCAUUUGUGGGGCCGCGGGGUGCAACGAAGCAGAGCUCAGCUGCUCUUGGACCUUCACUGUAGACACACCCCUUCCUGGAGUGGCAGAUCUGAUAGGUAUCCUGGUCUCUUUACUGGACACUAAGCUUGAGCUAUCCCAUGGGAGAGCAGAGGACCAUCUCUGGAGGGCCUCCCACCACCCCAGCCAUCUGCCAAACCUGACCCUCCAGCCUGUGGAAGUUGCAGGGGAAGCAAAUAUCUCAACAGCAUUGUCCUUACAUAUCUAAUGUGUAGAAGCCGGGUGUGUCCCAGAUUAGUCAUGUUGGACCCUCCCCUGAUCCCCAAACUCCAGGUAACAGAGACCAGAGGUGCUGAAGAGCUACA